GUUUUCGUCGUGUUGUUUUCGGUUCGGUUCUCGAUGAUAAGUAGAGGUUUGUUCGCUUGCGAUGCAUCGACGUGUCGAGUAGCACUAAUCCGAGUGCAGUACCACAACCACGUGCAGUUUUCUUUCACUCGUAUAUUUCUCCAUGUCAACCCUCCUUAUCCUUUUCCCUCCACCGUGAUACGACGAAUGAUUGAAAAACAUGCAGCUACGGAAGCAACAGAGUAUUCAGAAAACAAAUCAGUUUAGUACUAGUUACACCGCAGGACAGACAAGAUGGGGGAUGCCUACUUGGAUACGUCCAAGAGGUAUAAUGUGAGUCCUGGUUUUCACCUUCGCCCUUGUUAUUUGUGUGAACGUCGGAAGAUGCUGGAAAAUAUUUGUUGAAGUGUGUGAUGUAGAAGUCAGUGCCUGCGAGAUGACCGAAAUUUUUCAAAUCAAAUCACAAAAAUUGAUACCAGCUUCCUCGACUCGUUCGAUUUUACCGCAAUAGAGGAGAUGGACCCCAGCCUGACGGAAGGACACCGAGUAACGUAUGACCGGGAAUGCCCUUUCGAGUUACGAGUACAGGACGCAGAUACCGGUCCGCAGGAAGUAGGCACGCUGGAAGCAAUAAAAUGCAAGAUAUUACUCUUGGUAUCAGGUUUUUUUUCGCUUGGUACUAAAGUUUCAAAGAAUGAGAAUCCAUAUGCAAUUCCAAAGCAAUGUUGCGCCAGGAGACCUGGUAUGUUUGUCAUCGUCCGGAGUCCAAGAAAAGAAAAAAGUUCGGAGUUGGUACCGCCUUUUGAUGCGCACAAAAAUUAAAUGGAAACCGCUCGAGUUUGAGACACAAUAAGCCGUAAAAAUUGCAAUUCAGGGCGACGAGCAGCAACCAAACCACAUAAGGAUUGAGCUCACUUCCGAAAACGACUUGUUUUUCCACUAUACGCACUCGGUCGACGAGCAGGGGUUCCGGCAAAUGCAGGAAAGUCAGAAAUUGAUGAUUGACUUCCCCGACUACUGCUCCGUGGUGAUAAAAAUGCUCAACAACUGCAUCAAGGAGCCACAUAGGUAGUGACUUUGACUACGAAGAUGAAUUCACUUCACCGCCUUGUGCUUGAAACAGUCUGACGUAGCUGCUCGAUCUGAUGUACCAGCUUAUGGUGAGAACAAGACACAUAAAACAAAGACAUGACUCACCAUUGUUUCACAGCUUCCUCGCAGUAUUCGUGAUGCAGCGAGACGGGCACGCUCGAUUGGACUUCAUCCAGAACAUGGAAUACAAGUUCGUCGAGCUCUUAUCCUGCGAUUUCGUCGCCUCUCCGGAGGAAGUAGUCCGACAGCAGAUCUCCUUCCGGUACAACUCCGUCAAGACAAAGCUCAGCUUGAUGCAAGCUAGGCUACAGGUAUUCAUUCACAUUCUGAAGUGUCUACUAGUACUUCUCGUCGUCGUGAAAGCGAUUGUGACAGACGUCUUUGUUGGUUUUCGAAUUUAUGCAACAUGAUCUAUGAUCUUCGGGAUUUUGUUUAGCAGCAGCAAAAGGAAAAACCAAUACAGGACGUCAACGCCUUGGUGAAAGUGAAGAACCCUAGUCUCCUGCUCCAGUUGCAGAAAGCGCCCAACCGUGGGCAGGCCAGCGGGCGGAGAUGAGUUUUUACGAUGCAGCUUGGCGCACCAAAUGCAUGCUGUAAGCACAGAUACCUUUUACAACAACAAAGCUUGUCAACAAAAGACGAGGACAAUACCUUUACCAGUGACUAUUAAACUUAUUUCGCGAAAAGAUGAACUAAAAAACUCUUCUUGAUCAACUGAAAACAAUUUGAAUUCAGCCAAAGACGUUGAAGACAAACACUUUACAGGACUUUUGACCAUAUUUUUGACUUUGAAAAUUGGUGACAAAGAUCAUCAAAAACAAGGGCAAAAUGGUGUGUAUUUCUUGUCGUGCUCGCGCUUGAUCCAAAUUGAAACUUGCAAUGAUUUUCCUGACCACUGCCGAAUCCUGCCGGAUAGGAAAUUAACUGAUUUCGGCUGUGGGCGCAGAAAGACAUCAGCUCGUAUACUUGGUACACUGUGUUUUUCCUCGUGGUACGUAAUACUUACAU